AUGAUCAUCAUCGAUAAGAAGAAGUACGCAUGCCAGUUCUGUAUCAGAGGGCACAGGGCUGCGAGUUGUAACCAUUCGGACAGGCCGCUGACGGAGGUGAGGAAGAAGGGAAGGCCGUCCACGGCGUGCUCGCACUGCAAAGAGAUGCGCGAAGCGAAGAACAUAAACCCGUCCGGAGCGUGUUUGUGCCACGAGGCGUCCAAGUCUGGAACGGACCUCUCACCAGACAGUGAAGCCGCCAUGAACGCUUGUCUCUGUGUAACUGGGGAACCCUGCAAGUGCAUUUUCAAAAGGAAGAGGAAACCCAAGACUGAGAGAAAAUCGGCCUCCAAAAUGGGAGUUCUGUCGCGACCCGGCGAUGAUAACAUUCUUAAGAUAGACGAUUCAUUUAAAGAGCUCGUAUCGCUGCUUGGACCGGGUGUGACAACAGUUACGGCACCAGAUACCUUAAACCAGCAGCAGUUGCUAUUCCAAGGGCUGAAUAGUACCAGUCCGGAUAUCGGGUCAGUGGGAUCGGUAGAGCCCCAGAAGGGUGCAGAAACGCCGCAUCAAGGUGGCCCAUUAAAUCACCAUUUGUUGGCCGAUGAUAGCCUAACCGGAAGUAUCCCUAAUUUCACAGACACCUCAGAGGACAUAGAUAGAUUGCUCGCAGCGAAUGGACUGUUACAAGAGACUAACGCGGGGUUCCCGUCGGGUGAAAUACCCGACGUCGUAAAUAGCAGUCUUCUCCAGCUGGACAACACAGAUUUGUUCUCGAAUAUUACUGAAGGCAAUAACGGGUACGAGAAAUGA